UGGAGGAAAAAAAAACAUGCAUAGCACGCAUGUGCAAUUGAGCAAGGCAGUCGGAAGAAAUAGACUCCUCUGAAAGACACAGGAUUUGCGCAUGCGUUUUACUGCUGGUUGAAGCUGAACCCGGGAGCCCAGAACACCUUCCUGCACAUGCGCAGGAGGCUCAAUGACAGUCCAGCGUUGGCUAAGGCUCCGGGGAAAGGGUCUGGCCAUGCUGCAUGUGACCCGAGGGGUCUGGGGGUCCAGGGUCCGAGUGUGGCCACAGUUGUCAGCGCUCCUCGGGACCCCUCGGGCACUGUCAUCCCUGGCGGAAAAGAUGGGGGUGUACCGCAAGAUGUGGAACCCCACAGAGCCCCGCGACUGGGCCCAGCAGUACCGAGAGCGCUUCAUUCCGUUCUCCAAGGAGCAGCUGCUCCGCCUCCUGAUACAGGAAUUCCACUCCAGUCCGGCAGAGAAGGCGGCCUUGGAGGAGUUCUCCGCCCACGUGGACUUCUGCACCCUGUUCCACUACCACCACGUCCUGGCCCAGCUGCAGGCUCUGUAUGACCCCAUCAACCCUGACAGGGAGACCCUGGACCAGCCGUCACUCACGAACCCCCAGCGUCUGUCCAACGAGCAGGAGGUGCUGCAGGCCCUGGAGCCACUGCUGGCCCAGGCCAACUUCUCCCCGCUGUCGGAGGACGCCCUGGCCUACGCGCUGGUGGUCCACCACCCUCAGGAUGAGGUCCAGAGGGCUCAGUCCAUGGUAGGCUCAAAGGCAGGAAGAGCAUGGCAGAAGGGCCUGGUAGAGGAAGGUGCUCAUCUCAUGGCAGCCAGGAAGUGGAGCAAGAAGAGAGGAGCUGGCAACAAAAAUACAGCCCCAGCGACCCACUUCCCAUCCAGGCCCCACCUCCUAACUCCUAACCACCUUCAGCCAUGGACUUGUGACGAUAAAUUUGGAUCAGUACAUCUACAUGCAGUUCUGGGCGCUGGGCCAGCGAGUGGGGCAGAUGCCCCGUAUGUCCAGCGUGGGCUCCAAGCGUGGCUUCUUCACCAAGCAGCCCCCUGCAGAGAGGAGGUACUUCAAGCGGGUGGUGCUGGCUGCUCGGACCAAGCGGGGCCACCUGGUGCUGAAGAGCUUCAAGGACACCCCGCUGGAGGGCCUGGAGCAGCUGCUGCCCGAGCUCAAGGUGCGCACGCCCACGCUGCAGCGCGCGGCUCUCAACCUCACGCUGGCCGUGUCCGGCCUGGUGUUCUUCGUCAACGUAGGCAUGGUGGUGCUGUCCGACCUCAAGGUGGCCACGUCCCUGCUGCUGCUGCUCUUCGCCAUCUUCAUGGGCCUGCGGGCCUCCAAGAUGUUCGGGCAGCGGCGCAGCGUGCAGGAGCUGGAGCUGGCGCACAUGCUGUACUUCCGCAGCACGUCCAACAACUCGGAGCUGCUCAGCGCGCUGGCCCUGCGCGCGCAGGACGAGCACGCCAAGGAGGCGCUGUUGGCGCACAGCUUCCUGGCCCGGCGGCCGGGGGGCAUGCACUGCCCGCCAGAAGAGACCUCCCGGUGGCUGCAGUCGGAAGUGGAGAGCUGGCUCCUGGCCCAGUCCGGCUGUGACGUGGCCUUCAACGGAUCCCGGGCCCUGGCUCACCUGCAAGCCCUGACACCCACCAUCGGGCUCUACCCUCCCCCGGGUUUCCCCCACCUGGACCCGUUGGCCCCAGGGACUGCUGAGGUCCCCCAGGCCGCCCCCAGGGGUAGCGACCCCUGACUGCCUCUGAGCUGCGGGGCCUACCUGCCACAUGGCCAGGGGCCAAGCUCCGCCCCCUCCACGAAGGGCUGUCAAUCACGGCUACUUCGCUUUGUCCCUCUCCAACUGUCAGUUACUGACAGGUAAUUAUUUUGGCCACGCUGUAUACUUAAAGCAGCCAGUCCGGGCUGCUGGCAGUUGCUAGGCAUCCCCCCUUUUGGUGGAACAGCCAAUGGAAGCAGCUCCGCUCGGCUGCUGUUACAUUUCUUGGUCCACCCUCGCCGUAAACAUGGAACUGGUUUGCCCGACGUGAGGGUGUCCGCCGGUCUCAGCUGUUCAGCUCCGGCUCUGUAAACUACCAGGCCGAGGUGUGCACAUCUCUUGCCUUUCUAGCCCGGGGUGUCGGGGGCUGCCCAUCUUGAGCCCUGGGUGGGGCCCGGCUCGGCCAAUGAGCGCCGCGUGGCCCCGCCCCCUGGCCCGGAACAGCCGCUGAGCCCCGUGGGCCCCCGGCAGCCACCCGUUUCCAGCGGAGCCUGGUCUUGUCUUCAUCGCUGCUGCCGUGUACGGGCCGUUUGGUCAACUGCUGACCAGGGUGUCGGAGCUGAAGGCGUUGGAACCUUGGGCCAGCCCGGAAGCUGUGGGCCUGGGGGAAGCAGCGCCCACCCUUACCCCGACUCACUGCGGCUCAGGCUCCCAACAAACAACCUCAGGUGCCUUGCUGCCUUUUCUUCAGAAACUACCUCGGUCUGGAGCCUCCCCUCCCCCGCGCGGUAUUUAUUGGUCUGUCAAUUUCUUCCCAGUCCUCUCUCCCAAAGAAAUAAAUCCUGUUUAAUAAA